GUGUCAGGGAUUGUGGGGAGCAGGGGGGAGGGAGCUGGGUCAGUCAAUAGUGAGGUAAAACGUGUGGUGGGAGGGGCCGACUUAAAGGCAGCAGACAAGCAAUCCAGCAUAGCACUUUCACUUUGAGCCGACUGAGGAUACACAGAGUGAGUAGUGGCCAGAGGGAGAGAUAGAUAAGAGUAAGGCCAGUGUCUCUCCUUUUUCAUCCAUUAACCAGUUUCGAGGGAGAAAGGAGUGGUUCAAAUUAGGUUGUUCAGAAAGAUUCUAGGUCAGUGGUGAGGAGGGGAAAGGGAAAGAGAUAUUUUUUUAAAAAACAAACAAAAGCUUACAUAGGGAAAAGGCUGCAGCCACUCAGGCUUAAGUGGGGAAAUCCAAAGUGGCGUGAGAGGAUAAAUGAGGCAUUUUUUUGGGAAAUACCAAAGGAACUCAAAAGGAAGGAACGUAUAAGGGAUGUCCACAAGGAGACUACGUAUCAGGCUGUAAAGGAGAAGAGACACAGCAACGCACUCUGUGUCAAAGCCCUCAAGAAAACCACAGAGGAGGAACUUUGCCUUUCACAGACUGAUACAGAAAGCCAUCUGCAGAGUGAUUGCUGUCAACAAGAGAAAUGGAGAAGUGUCCAUUCUUAGAAAGAUAAAAAGGAUGUCACUGCCAGUUUUGCUGUUGCUAUCACUCUUGACUGUCCAGUGUGGUGGUGGAUGUGACUUUGAAUGGCAAAGUGUGAAAAACAUUCAAAUGACUAUCGACUCCAAUCCGACUGGAUUUCGGACCGUAUUUCCCAAGGAUUACUAUGUUGUGCACCACUACACAAAAAACAUGCUAUGUGACACUGAUCCGUGCUGUGUAUACCCUGCAGCAGUAGUCCUCCUGGAUUCCUGGCAAGUCCUACUCAGAAACCUUUGGGAUGAGCACAUAAAUCACUCCUUAAUCCUCGACCUGAAGCAGACACUGGAUAAAAUUAUAAGAAAGAAUAAAAAUACAGAGAGCUUCAUGGAGGAGACGGACCUGGCUAUGUUCCCCACGUUAUCUUCCUCUCCUGAAGAACUCCUCAACCUAACAUCAGAACUUUUCAAGCGGUGGCUCGACGUUGGAUGCUCACCUCUGAUCGAAACUUGCAUCCUGCCCACUUUGCCCCCACCUGUGGAGAGGAAGGACUACGGCCCAUCGAGGGCCAGACUCUUGACCACCAGAGCUAUCAGUGAGAAGGAAGGACAGCCUGACAAGCUGAUGGACAGUACACAGCCCUCAUCCAACAGUGGUCCUCCGUCCUUUUCGUAUUACUCUCCUGUCUGGAGCCCCUUGCUAUUCAGACUCUAUUGGUGGCUGUUGCCAUAGUUACUAAAGAAAAGGAUCUUUUCGAUGAUGCACACAAAAUGCAAGACAUUUCCUGGCACUGAAUGUUUGUUUUCUUAUAUUUGUGCGUGUGUGUGUGUGUGUUUUAAUGCAGUAAGCUUUUGUUAAUAUGAAGUGAUUUGCACCGGUUGCAUUUAAUGUCCAAAAAUAGUUCACAUAGCUAUCACUGUCCCAACAGCAACAACUGAUAUCACACAUAUAAACGUAUAGCCAUCCCUCUCUGGAGCAAGCCACAAGCUCCAGCUAGCUAUGCUCCUUAUGCUAACUAAAUGGAUGCUGAGCAAGCCAAUGCACAUAAGACAUCAUCUGUUGAUGUGGAAUUCUGUUUACAAUGAUUGUUAUAUAAGUGUAAGAUAUUACAGUCUAUGAGCGUCUACUUUUGUACAUAAUUGUAAAUUAAAACAUUUAGAUAUACACAUUGUUAUUGUGUUGUGAUGUAAAAAAAAUAAUAGCUUUUUUUUUUGGUUUAACUUACCAGGGUAUGAUAUCCCCAAAGGUUGUAAGCUAUAUUUAUUGUGUUGUAAGGGAAGGUAACUAAGUACAAUUUUGAGGUACUUUACUGGAGAAUUUCCAUUUUAUGGAGGGAAAUAUUGUAAAUCUGGAGUUACUGGUUACAGUUAUGAUGGAGUGUUACACCAAACAGUAAGUCAAUAAAAUUAGCAUCAAUGCAUCAGCAGUACUAACUUAAUGAAGUUAUAAUGCAUUCAGUACUUAUCGUUUUACUAACAAUACUUUUACUUUAGUAUAAUUUGACCUGUAACACACAUGGCAUUGCUAUUUUUUUUGCUUCAGUAAACAAUCUGAGUAUUCCCUC